CAAAACUCGCCACUUCCCAAAGACUGCAAGAACCCGAGAAUAACGGUGGGGACCUCCUUUUGGGGCUGGACGAACAACUAUUGGGUCUGGGAAAUCUUUUCAUGCAUUGACAGUCUCGCUGCCCUUGUCUGUAUAGUCGUGGUCCCCCUCAAUUAUGACGAAAAGCCGAUCCCCGACUGGCCAUGCUAUGAUCAACUCGGUCCUUUCAUGAAUUAUCCAGGCCUUCAAUACGCUUAUGCUGGGGAAAAUUGCGUCUUUUCUCAGUCAAAUGGCGUGGGUCCAUCUCAGCACAAGAUAUUAGCCUUUGUCGGAUAUCAAUUCGUACUAUUAGACCAGCAGAGGAAUGAUGGGAUCUAUCACACUUGCAUGGGGAUCAAGAAUGAGGUUUAUCUUCUUGUCGAUGUACCAUCAGGCAAAGCUGAGCAAUCAGGCACUGGGCAUCACUGGGGGGCUUUAAUUACCAUCUCAGCAAUCGCGGUGGGCCCCUUCGUGCAGCAGAUGUCUACUGUGCAGAAUACCUGUAUUCUAGUCAGCUUGCCGGUGUCACUGGGCCGUGGACAGAUGUAUUUGGAGCAAACAACGAGAGUCAUUAAGGGUGAUCAGCCGGCAAACGUUUUACUAUCAGCGGAUGGGUCUCGUCAGAAAUCAGAAACCUGCUUAAGGAUAGGAUAGCAAUAAGCAAUGUCCCCGAGACUCACUGCUGUGGAGAUUG